GCUAUUAUGGGCGCAUUUGUUGCCGAUAAACUUAGUUUGGUUUCAAACCCGUUUUGUAAACCCUACAUUUGUUUUUCAGUUUUUCACUUAAACUAAAACUGAUUUAGUUGUUUUUAGAAGCGGAAACAAGAACCGGUUUAGCAAACUGACCAAACUGCCUCCAGAUGCAGUUUGAUCGGUUUAGGUUGUCCGAACAUACAUGCACUUUCCUGGAAAAAUGGCGGCAGCCAAACAUGAAGGAAUGUUGGACCAAAAUUCAAAUCGUAUCACAGAACGAAGUAUUGCAAAGCCCAAGUUUUCAGUGGACGAGACCUGCUGUUCUUAGGUUAAUAGCACUUUAUAAAGAGAAUGAAGCAAAAUUUCAGAAACCAGCUAUUAAGAAAAAGACAGUUUGGCAAGAAAUUGCAAACAAAAUUACUGAACACCUGUUACCAGUAACAUGGCAGCAGUGUGAACAAAAAUGGAAAAACAUGACAAAAGCAUACAGAGACACAAUCGAUAAUAACCGAAAAUCUGGUGCUGAUAGAAAGGAAUGCCCUUUCUUUAAAGAAAUUGGAGAAAUAUAUGGGUACAGACCAAAUGUUACUCCAUUACAUUGUGAAGGAUCAAUGGCUGAAGCUGGUGAAAGUGAAUCUAGCACAGGUAGUGAAGAACCAGGAGCUUCUACAUGUAGUUCACCAAUCAAGAAAAAAAAGCAGAAAACAAGAAAAAACAAAACCGAUACAGUAAUACAGUUAAUAGAAGAUAUGAAAGAAGAGCAAAGGGAGUUAAUAACUGAGAUAAGAAAGCAACAUGAAGAUAGAAUGACAACUGAAAAACAGAAAAUUGAACUUUUGUCAAAAUUACUGAAAGAUUGAAGUUAAGAAAGCUGGACAACAGUAUUGCUUGUUUUAAAAUGCUCAGCACCUAGAACUGAUUGCGUUUUAAUAUGCUCAGCACAUAAAAUGGUAUGGCUUGCUUGAAAAUGCUCAACACUUAGAACAGUACAGCUUGUUGAAAAAUGCUCAACAUAAAGAAGAGUAUCACUUAUUUGAAAGUAAUUUACACAUAUAACAGUAUCACCUGUUUGAAAAUGAUCAACAUGUAGUACGCAAUCACUUGAUUAAGUAUCAGUUUGCUGGAUUGUUAAUGUGCUAAUUCAUUCUGAUUUGGAAGUUCUGUCUGAAGAACAGACAUUAGUGUUUUGAAAUUUAUAAAACCUUACUCAGUUUUCUUGUUAAAGUAAGAUGGUUAGUUUUUAAAGUGUUCUAACAUUUCAUUUCAACUAGGCAGCAGAUUACCUGCCAAAUUUGUUUGCUAAUUUUUGCCCAGUUUAAGGUCCAGGUGUUCUUAUAUCUACUUUGUUGACUUAAUUGGUCAUUUUGUGUUUCGUGCAAAGAAUGCACCUGACUAACAUUCUUUAGAUAUCCAAAAUGUACAGUGUUUUUAAAAUUAAAUGAUAAAAGUAAUGAUCUUCUCAAGUUCUGCCAUAGACUUAAUAUGAUUCAGUUAUGAAUUGUGCUCCAUUCAAAACAUGGCUUUAAAAGGAUUUAAGAAGGAAAUUCUGCGUGGUUUUAUUAAUAGUAUAGUGGAAACUUCUUUAUAAACGUAUGUACAUGUAUAAAGCAAGUUUUCUUGACAUGCUGUAAAAAUUGUUGUGGCCUUCUAGUUUAUUUUUUGUAAGAUCAACUAUACUGCAGUAAAUAUUAUUAAAAUGAUUUUAGGAAUUUCAAACCUAUGGAAUUUAUAAUAUGCCCCAUUGAACAGCUGUAGGGCGAUAUAUGUGUGUUUUUCUGUGUGUGCUCACUUCUGCGAGUCGUAUUAGCUUCAUAUCUUUUAAACUGCUUAAAGAUUUUGAAUUUAUUUGUGUAUUUGCUAUUGAGAUAAUGUGUCCAGUACAGUUUUAAGCUAUACUGACACAAUUUCAAUAUAGUACUUGAGCUUCAAACUUCCACUUUACAAUGGUUAUAUGUUAAGUCUCCACACCUUAUCUCUCUUAACUGCCUGAAGUAAUUUAGCAGAAAUGUUUAACAUAAUGAAAUGGCGUGUGUUUAUUGGUCCAUUCUUGUAACAGUUCAAGGUCAUGCAGACACAGGGCAGAGCGCAAGUUUAAAUGGUAAAGAUAUGCUUGGCACUCAUCGUUGUUGUACACAGUAGCUGAUACCAAUACCUUUGCAGACAGAACUUAUAUAUCUUUUAAUAUUUUAAGAUAGACUUUGAAUUUGCAUUUUAGCAAAUAUCAGCUAAAUGAUGGAAACAAACUUCCUGUUGUAAGAAAACCAGUUUCGAAAUUCAAGUAUACUUGUUUUUAUUUGAGCUUUAUUUGAUCAUUUAUUAUUGUGGAAACUACAAUCGUACGAUGAACCCUUGUUUGUGCUAACAGUUUUUAAUGCCCUUGUCUUUUUUAAAGUUUUAGGGUAAAUUGACUCGACAUAUACUUUUUUUAGACAUGUUUAGUUAUGACAUGUGAGUUAUUUCUCAGAUGUGAGAAGGUGGAAAUUAAUAUUGUUCUAGAUUUUUUUCACAACUGAUCAUAUUUUCAUUGGAGAUUCUUUAUUUUACUUUUAAGACUUGUAGGAAAAAGUGUACAGUGUACAAGAUUAAUUAAGAAAAUUUCUUUUCUGUUACAUGUGUUGUUAUGUUUAUAACAUUCAGUUAAAUAAAAGAGAAACACAGCUUA